UCCUGGGAUAGCUGCAGACGCCCUCUUUGACCAGCUCUAUCGCAAGCCUCCGAUGACCAUGCUGCUGGGCAGCCAGUGCUCGGAGGUGUCCAAACACAUCGCACAGAUCGUGCCCUACUGGAAUCUAGUCAUGGUGUCCUACGGCGCGACGUCUGUCACGCUCACCAACAGGGAGUUCUACCCGACAUUUUUCAGGACGGUGUCCCCCGAUUCGUCCCACAAUGCAGCCAAGGCGGCCUUCUUGGAGUAUUUCGGAUGGUACGAGAUUGCAAGUCUUAUAGAAGAAGAGGAGAUGUUCUCCCUGGCACUGUCGGAGCUGACACGCUACCUACAGUCGUCCACUAACAUCACGAUCUCAACCUCACUCAACACCGAAGACGACCUAGCGGCUAAGAUGCAACAACUCCAGGAACUAGAUGCACGCAUUAUCAUCGGAAGUUUUCAAGAACGAACGGCCAGGGCUGUUUUCUGUGAGGCCUACAAAAUCGACAUGUACGGUUCCAAGUACGUGUGGAUAUUGCCUGGUUGGUUUCAGAGGGAGUGGUGGCGUGCCGAGAUGGACACUGAUUGCACGGCGGAAGAGCUGGCCAGGGUGGUGGAGGGAUACUUCUCUAUCGAAAGUCUGGAUAUCAAUAUCGAUAACCGAAGCUCCAUAUCGGGACUUACAUCACAUGCAUUCGAGAUGGACAUGCUGAAAAGGGGCGUGAGCUCCGCCGGAAGCCAGGCCCCUAACACGUACGACGCCAUCUGGACCAUGGCACUCACUAUCAAGUCCGCAAUGGAUCAUUUGAAUAGGACGGAGGCGGCCAAUCAGAAUGCUAGCUCGGCCCACGCGGGCCGCGGGGGGAGCGGCUUCACGUACGACAACCGACCAAUGAGAGAGCUCUAUACUAACAUCGUGUCGGACCUGCGAUUCACAGGAGUGUCGGGACCGGUAAGGUUCAAGGGUCCGGACCGAUACGGAGUGACGACAUUUCGGCAGAAUCAAGGUGGAGUCAUGAAGUUGGUGGCGCUGUUCUUUCCAGAGGAGAAACGCCUUAUUUUCGAGGGGAGGGAUUUGACGCCCAUCCAUUGGAAAGGCGGGGUUGUGCCAGUGGAUAAGCUACUCGUCUUUGACCAACGACUGCGCAUCAAUUUCGCUGCUUACGUCACCACUACGAUACUAGCGGCAUGCGGCAUGCUACUGGCAUUGUUGUUUCUUCUCUUCAACAUCCGAUAUCGGAAAACAAAAUUCAUCAAGUUAUCCAGCCCUAAUCUGAACAACAUCACCAUAGUGGGGUGCAUCAUGGUAUAUGUAGCGGUCAUCAUGCUGGGUCUGGAGUCGGAGCGAGUCGGGAUAGAGGCAUACAACCCCAUGUGCACGAUCCGUGCUGCGUUCCUGAUGGUUGGUUUCUCCCUCGCCUUUGGCUCGAUGUUCGUGAAGACCUAUCGGGUAUACCACAUCAUCACACACGCUACCAGCCGAGUCAUUAAACGAAAGAUGCUUCACGAGUCAACUUUGUUCCUGAUGAUAGGCGUGUUGCUGAUCAUUGACGUCAUUAUCUUGACGCUUUGGAGCAUCCUCGAUCCCAUGAUUAGAGAAGAGGAACGCCUACCGUUAGAGUCGUCAAACGAUACUGUAGCCUUCGUCCCCAUAUUGGAAGUAUGCAAAUCGGAGAACCUGAGCAUCUGGCUCGGCACGGUGUACGCCUACAAGGGCCUUCUGCUACUCUUUGGGUUAUUUCUCGGCUGGGAGACGCGCAAGGUCAAGAUACCGGCAUUAAACGACUCACACUACAUAGCGGUUUGCGUGUACAACGUGACCAUAAUGAGCAUCCUUGCCGUAGUGGUGUCCAACUUGAUCACUCGAGGUGAUCAGCUCACCACUUCGUUUGUUCUAGUCACCGUCUGCAUCUGCAUCACCACCACCAUGACCCUGUGCUUCCUGUUCGUGCCCAAGGUGUAUACCAUCCAUGCUGUGCGGCUGGGCGGUGACCCCGUGACGAAAUCCGUGGGGUUAGAGAUCAAAGGUCGCACGCGACGCUUCGUGACAGACGAGACGACGGAGAUGAAGGAGUCUUUGUACCGAGCCGAGGUGCAGGCCAGGGCCUUUAGGAAAGAGAAAAACAAGCUGGACAAUCGUAUUGCCGAGCUAGAAGCCCAACUGAGAUUGCUCAAUAAGUCAGACGAUGGCGACAGCAGCGGGAGCGAGGCAGAAUGGGUGGGUGACCUGUGCCAGGAAAAAGACAUGUACAUGCUUUUGCAUCUACCUGAGACGAGUAUACAGGGUGCCGAACCAUCCGAGCCUUACCAGAACCACGUGAAAGGUUUUGAGCACGAGGUUGAACUGCAUUGCUUACUGCAGAGGGACGAUUCGGGCCGUCAUUCGUUGGACUCAAGAAGCGUCAGCACCUACACGACCGAUUUGAAUGAGAACCAGUGUUCGGUCACCGACGAGGACCAGUGGCCUGGUACCCCGUCCCCUGCGCGAUCAGCUAAACAGCAACACGCUGAUUUGUGCCUUCAGAACUCCAGUAGACCUUAUCUCCAACACUUGCAUGAGAAUCCAGUACUCACCAGGCCACUGAGGCGACACCCGCCGUUGAUUAAGAGCCUUUCCUCGGGCAGCUUGCCGCGGAGACACACACUGGUCUCCUCCAUCGACGGACCCAACCGAUGCAUUAAGAACGACGCAAUCAGCCGGUACUCCCCCAUGCGGACAGUAGGCGGGACAACGAGACGUUCCCGCAGUACCAGCGAAAGGCGGGAGAGCGCGCGCUUCCACAACGAAGUGCGCAGACUCGUUGUCGAGAUGCGCAGCGUACAAAUGCGUCUACUGCAACUGAACGAAAAACCAGAAAUGAUCUACUACGUUUGACGCAGAUUCCAUCACCAGUUUGUGACCAAUUACUAAGGGCAAAAACACAGCAUUAAAGGUCUACCUCUGUGUCUCAGAUCGUUGUCUUUCGCACACGGAAUUUCAUCGCUGAUGAAGGAAAAACCACUUCACUUCGUGUGGUAGAAUUCUUGUGCAGAUCCACGAACUUGCCAUGCAGUUAACCAGUUUUAUAUGGCAUUAUGUUAAUCUUCUCUGUAAAAACCACUUUCUUCCUUGUUGAAUACAAUCAUUUUCUUGAAGUCCAGUGAAAACGCCGCCUUCUUUCUCUGUUCUGUUGUGUUUAAAGAGCAGUUGCCACCAAGUUUAUUUUCUGAAACACUAACCAUCUCUCAGUUGGCUAUCUGUAGGAAACGAGCACAACAAAAGCUUAGACUUUCGCAUCUCUGUCCUUGGGCGCGGGAACUAGCAAUUCCAAUUCAAUUCCAAUUCACAUAAACACAAUUUUUAUAUAAUAAUAAUAAUAAUAAUAAUAAUAAUAAUACCGGAGUCUUAUAUAGCGCAACUAUCUACCAACAAGGUACUCCAGGCGCUGGUAAUUAUGUCUACUUGUAAAGACAGGUAAAUGAAGUUUAUGAGAA